AUGUCCCUGCCCCUACUACCGGGCUACCCUCCACAAUCAGCAUGUCCCUGCCACCCAGACCAGACCAGCUCUCCACAAUCAGCAUGUCCCUGCCAUCCAAGCCAGGUUACCCUCCACAAUCAGCAUGUCCCUGCCAUCCAUGCCAGGCUACCCUCCACAAUCAGCAUGUCCCUGCCAUCCAUGCCAGGUUACCCUCCACAAUCACGCAUGUCCCUGCCACCCACACCAGGCUACCCCCACAAUCAGCAUGACCCUGCCUCUACUACCAGGCUACCCCCACAAUCAGCAUGUCCAUGCCUCUACUACCAGGCUACCAUCCACAAUCAGCAUGUCCAUGCCCCUACUACCAGGCUACCAUCCACAAUCAGUAUGUCCCUGCCCCUACUACCAGGCUACCAUCCACAAUCAGCAUGUCCAUGCCUCUACUACCAGGCUACCAUCCACAAUCAGCAUGACCCUGCCUCUACUACCAGGCUACCCCCACAAUCAGCAUGUCCAUGCCUCUACUACCAGGCUACCAUCCACAAUCAGUAUGUCCCUGCCCCUACUAUCAGGCUACCAUCCACAAUCAGUAUGUCCCUGCCCCUACUAUCAGGCUACCAUCCACAAUCAGCAUGUCCAUGCCUCUACUACCAGGCUACCCUCCACAAUCAGCAUGUCCCUGCCCCUACUACCAGACUACCCUCCACAAUCAGCAUGUCCCUGCCACCCAUGCCAGGUUACCCUCUACAAUCAGAAUGUCCCUGCCACCCACACCAGGCCAUCCUCCACAAUCAGCAUGUCCCUGCCACCCAUGCCAGGUUACCCUCCACAAUCAGCAUGUCCCUGCCUCUACUACCAGGCUACCAUCCACAAUCAGUAUGUCCCUGCCCCUACUACCAGGCUACCCUCCACAAUCAGCAUGUCCAUGCCUCUACUACCAGGCUACCAUCCACAAUCAGUAUGUCCCUGCCACCCACACCAGACCAGCCCACCACAAUCAGCAUGUCCCUGCCCCUACUACCAGGCUACCAUCCACAAUCAGCAUGUCCCUGCCCCUACUACCAGACUACCCUCCACAAUCAGCAUGCUCCUGCCUCUACUACCAGGCUAUCCUCCAAAAUCAGCAUGUCCCUGCCACCCACACCAGGCCAGCCCUCCACAAUCAGCAUGUCCCUGCCACCCAUGCCAGGUUACCCUCCACAAUCAGCAUGUCCCUGCCACCGACACCAGGCGACCCUCCACAAUCAGCAUGUCCCUGCCACCCAUGCCAGGUUACCCUCCACAAUCAGAAUGUCCCUGCCACCCACACCAGGCUACCCUCCACAAUCAGCAUGUCCAUGCCUCUACUACCAGGCUACCAUCCACAAUCAGUAUGUCCCUGCCCCUACUACCAGGCUAUCCUCCAAAAUCAGCAUGUCCCUGCCACCCACACCAGGUUACCCUCCACAAUCUGAAUGUCCCUGCCACCCACACCAGACCAGCCCUCCACAAUCAGCAUGUCCCUGCCACCGACACGAGGCCACCCUCCACAAUCAGCAUGUCCUUGCCACCCAUGCCAGGUUACCCUCCACAAUCAGCAUGUCCCUGCCACCCACACCAGGCCACCCUCCACAAUCAGCAUGUCCCUGCCACCCAUGCCAGGUUACCCUCCACAAUCAGCAUGUCCCUGCCACCCAUGCCAGGCUACCCUCCACAAUCAGCAUGUCCCUGUCACCCAUGCCAGGCUACCCUCCACAAUCAGCAUGUCCCUGCACCCAUGCCAGGCAACCCUCCACAAUCAGCAUGUCCCUGCCACCCACACCAGGCCACCCUCCACAAUCAGCAUGUCCCUGCCACCCAUGCCAGGUUAACCUCCACAAUCAGCAUGUCCCUGCCACCGACACGAGGCCACCCUCCACAAUCAGCAUGUCCCUGCCACCCAUGCCAGGUUACCCUCCACAAUCAGCAUGUCCCAGCCACCCACACCAGGCCACCCUCCACAAUCAGCAUGUCCCUGCCACCCAUGCCAGGUUACCCCUCCACAAUCAGCAUGUCCCUGCCACCCAUGCCAGGCUACCCUCCACAAUCAGCAUGUUCCGCCUCUACUACCAGGCUACCCUCCACAAUCAGCAUGUCCCUGCCCCUACUACCAGGCUACCCUCCACAAUCAGCAUGUCCCUGCCCCUACUACCAGGCUACCCUCCACAAUCAGCAUGUCCCUGCCCCUACUACCAGGCUACCCUCCACAGUCAGUAUGUCCCUGCCUCUACUACCAGGCUACCCUCCACAGUCAGUAUGUCCCUGCCACCCAUAGCAGGCUACCCUCCACAAUCAGCAUGUCCCUGCCUCUACUACCAGGCUACCCUCCACAAUCAGUAUGUCCCUGCCUUCACUACCAGGCUACCCUCCUCAAUCGGCAUGUCCCUGCCACCCAUACCAGGAUACCCUCCACAAUCGGCAUGUCCCUGCCACCCAUACCAGGAUACCCUCCACAAUCAGCAUGUCCCUGCCACCCAUCUAUACCAAGCUACCUACCACAAUUAG